AAGUAUGAUCAGCGAACAAGCAAAAAUAAUUUGCAAAAUGUGACAUUUUUCAUCAAUUAUCCUUAAGUGAUAACGGACCGAUUUUUCACUUCAUAGGUUUUACUGGUUAUGAAUAGCCUACACCAUGCUUCUGAAAGAAUAUCGAAUAUGUAUGCCAAUAUCAGUGGAAGAGUAUCAUAAAGGUCAACUUUACAUGAUAGCGAAGCAUAGUAAUGAGCAAAGCGAGAAAGGUGAUGGUGUGGAAGUGGUGAAGAAUGAACCUACUGAAGAUCCGGUGCAUGGCAAGGGCCAGUACACAGAGAAAAGGAUUCAUUUACUAAGUCGUUUACCUGGUUGGAUUAAAGCAAUGUUGCCAGUGUUCUGUUAUGUAACAGAAAAAGCCUGGAACUACUAUCCAUUUACUAUCACAGAAUAUACUUGUUCAGUGGUUCCUGGGUUCAGUAUACAUAUCAAGUCAUGUUAUGAAAACAACAAUGGAUCAUCAGAAAAUUGUUUGAACUUACCUGAGGAUCAGUUAGAGAGAGAGGUGGUUCACCUUGAUAUUGCCUAUGAUGAAUUCCCUGAGAAACAUUAUAAAGAAUCUGAAGACUGUAAAAAAUUCAAGUCAGUGAAAACAGGACGAGGACCAUUGGAACCAGGUUGGAGGGAUGCCACCGAUCCGAUAAUGUGUUCAUAUAAAGCAGUUGAAGUGAAGUUUGAGCUUUGGGGUUUCCAAACGAGAGUUGAGGGUUUCACUCACAGUGUUGUUAGGGAUAUUCUACUUGUUGGACACAGACAAGCGUUUUCCUGGAUCGAUGAAUGGUUUGGCAUGAGCAUUGACGAUAUCAGAAAUUAUGAAAACAAGAUGAAUGCAGAGACCAAUCAAAAGGUUAUGCAGGCGGAAUUGCUGCCCUCAUCUACCGCUACUGAGGUGCCAGUUGAAACAUAACGUCAAAGCUGGCAAUCAUAUGCAAUCUUAUGACUGUUCUGAGAUGGCAUCCUCAUUUCCCUGUUCAAAAUUACUCAAGUUCUAUAUUUGUUUGAAGUGAUGUUGGCUGCAUGAUGUUUCAGAAUUAGAAUCAAAACUGGUACUCAUUUGGUUCAAUAAUUCAAACUGAACAGAACAUACAUGUCUAACGUUUUUCGUAUUGAUUUUAAAACUCCUCGAUUCUAAAAAAACCGAAUGUUGACUGUUCAAAGACACGCCAUGACAAAAACAAAAUUCUAAAUUGCUUGUUUGUAUGUUGCUCGAGCCUUUCAUCAUAAACUUGAAGCAACGAUACCCAGCAAUAAUACAACUUUAAAUUGAUGAAAAAUGCUCACAAUAAUAGGUUACCUUGUUUGUAUCUGUAUAUUGAUAUUUGAUGUUAAACAAUAUUUGGUGUAUUCAAUCAGGGAUAAUAGUGUGCAGGGUACAGUUAGUUAUUCACAGGUUAAGUUAUGUCAGAAAGACUGUCUGCAUGCAAUGUUCAUCUUAUUCACAUUCCAUUUCACUAUUCCUCUCAAAUGGAAUGGGAGGUCUAGUGAGUCGGGGAAGUUAAUUCUUUGGUUUAGAGCCUGACUUGGGCCAAACUUUCAGUACUGUAGCUCUCUAAAGGAAAAUGAAGUAAUGCCAAGUUGUUGACUUUGCAUGGCAGCUAAGUGUCUUACUCUUCUCACUUGGCUAUGUGGAUAGAGUUGUAUUGAGUUGUAUAAAGUAAGAUAGCUGUAAGGCAAGGGGCUUGAUGGAUCAUAAUGGUGAAAUGGCUGGUGCAAUUUUCUGUUAGUGCCUUAAACUUGGUUCACAGUUUUGCAUAAUAAAUGACAGUGCGCAUAUGCUUAUAGUUGCUUCUUAUUGGGGAAGCGCAGGCGUAGUGUACAAAGAAAAUUACAUGGAAUCGUUUUGGUGCUUUAUGGUGGUUUCUUCUCCCUGAAGCUUAUUAGAAUAUCAUUCCAUAUCAUCCAAGGGAUUUUAGUUUUACUGUUUCUGUUGCAUGUUACAACAAUGAACUGAAUUGGUUAUAGAAGUCCAGUGUAUAUUGGAAAAAAUUGCUUUUAGUGUAUGAAGGAAUUUACCAUCAUUAUCAUAUUUACCAGUGGGUAACGAUGAAAGAAAAUAUAAGGUUUGAAGAAAGUUAGUUGAAUACGCAGAAAUACUCGUUGAAUUAUUUGACAAAUAUUGUCACAUCUUUGAUUGUCGUGGGGGCUGUACAUUAGGUAAGUAAGAGACACUGAUAUAUGUUGUGGGGAAGUGAUGACAGACUUGUUAUGGUGCCGGGAGAUGAAUGUGCAUGUGUGAAACAAGGGGAAGACAGCACAAAAUCUGGCACAAAAUCUGAUACAGGUUUAUUUCUGAAUGACAUCAAUUCCAUUAGAAAAACUUGCACUUGACAUAAAAACACCAGAGAAAUGUGAGUAACAGCAAAGUUGUUGGGUAGGUAUCAUUGAUAUUUGUGACAGGUCACCAGGGACUUCAGCUGUAAAAAAAUAUAGUGACCCACUAUUUAUGAGAUGUAGUUCUUUGUUUCCCUUUCAUAACCAAACAACUAAUGAACUAUGCUGCUAUUUAUGGAACCUGUUGUUGGAUUGAGUACAAGUGCACAACAGCUGUGAUGUAAGAAAUGAUAAUGUUAGUUGGUUUGUGACAUUGCUGAAAUGUUGAGUGCUAGUUUUAUUUGGUUUACUGUUAACUUUAGAAUAUUUAUCAUUGGGUACAUUUGUUGUUUUCAUUGUACAUGUAGUUUACAAUUGUGAUUAUUGGUUUUAGAUGUCAUUUUAGUUGUAGUUCUUGAUUCAUUGAAAUCUUUCUCAUCUGAACAAAACAAGUGAAGAUUAGAGUUCUAAAAUGGAUUUUAUCAAAAUGAAAUGGAUAUCGGUUGGUUGAGUAUCUUGACAUUAAAUAUAAUGAGAGAAGCAGUAACUGUAGAGGUUUAUUCAUAAAGGUAGUGAUAAUUCAAACAAUAACGGAACAUGGUGAUUUCUUGAAUCACACAAAUGCUCAUGAAAAUUUUGAUGUGGUCAAUUCUCCCAAGGUUUAAACCACACACCCUUUCUUUCCCUCUCCAAAAGCAGAGGUAGAUUGACUUACUGAAUGCCUUCACUCGUGUAAGGCGACAGAGAUCCUGUUGACCAGUUUUGGCGGACUCCAAAUUUGUACAAAAACAUCAAGCCAAGAAAUUGUUAGCUGUCAGUAAUUCACGAUCCACCUCAUCUGUAUCCCCAUGUUACUCUAGAUGAUUCCAGAUAUUUUACACCACAUUAUAGACACUAUUUACAACUACUGCCUGACUAGUUGCUGUCCAAAUCAUACAUUUAUAUAGAUAGAACCAAAUAAAAUUGUAUAUUAGAGUCUAAUGCAUUUCCGAGUUU